GAUAAUAGCCAAAUAUGUUCCUCUUCCAUUGGAGGUGGAAGCAAAUCCUGAAAUACCUCCCUCCCUAAGAAAAGGGUCGUGUGUGGUAAAAAAGAAAAAACUACCUACAAUCCACAAGAUAUACAGUUUCUCUUUUUCACAAGUUUUUCUUCUUUGCAAUCUAACUAAUCUUACAUUUCAAUCUUUACGUACAUAGAGAGAGAGAGAGUGUGUGAUUUACUACAACUUAUCAAUAUUCUGGUUAAUUAAAUAUCAUGUGAUCAGACAUACACAGUAGAUUAUAGAAAAUGAAGAUUGCGAGGCUAGUGGUCGAUUACCACAAUGGGACAAUUUUUUAUUGCGGUGGGGGUGUAUAUGAUGGAAUUUCAAGUAUUUGGAAUGAAGACGAUUCUCCGUUUGAUUAUCUAUAUCCUGUUUUCUCCUUGCAGAUAGUUAUUGCUUCAUUUUUUACAUCAUUCAUGAAGUGGUUGUUAGAACCUCUUGGUCAGACUUCUUUAACCUCCCACAUGAUAGGUGGGAUAAUGGCUGGUCCUUCUUGUUUUGGGCGCACCGACCUGUUCAGUACCAAACUAUUCCUUCCCAAUUCAAUGUAUAUGUUUGAUAACUGUCAGUACUUUGGUUCCAUGUUCUUUCUAUUCCUAAUAGGAGUGAAGACAGACUUGCACAUGCUUACAAGAUCAGGAAAGAAGGCAUGGUUCAUUGGUUUUUGUGUCUUCAUAGUUCCUUUAUUCUUUAACUUAUCAGCCUCUCAGUUGCUAGAUAAAAGCAUCAAACUGGACAACAAACUUGCUGACUACAUCCACAACUUUGCAGCUAUGAUGUCUCUAAGCUCGUUCCACGUCAUCGCUUGUUUCUUAGAUGAUUUGCAGCUCCUUAGUUCAGAACUUGGGCGCUUGGCAAUGUCGGCAUCGAUGAUUAGUGGAAUACUUAGCUGGUGCUUAGCUUUCGUGUGUUUUACAAUUAUAACAAGCCUCGAAGCCAAGAGACCACAUGCACUUAUGCUGAUCAUUUUGGCUUGUUGCGCUAUGUUUUUAUGCAUUAUAUUCGUUUUGCGACCGAUAAUGUUUUGGAUAAUCAGGAAUACACCUAAUGACAAAAACGUCAAAGAAGUGUACGUGUUUUCCAUAUUUGUGAUGGUUUUGCUAAGUUCUUUAUGCGGGGAGGUUAUAGGGUCGCAUUUCUUGCUCGGACCCAUGGUCCUAGGUAUGGCGGUACCUGCAGGACCACCCUUAGGAGCUGCGAUUGAAGAGAAACUUGAAUUUUUCGUUAAAUAUAUACUCCUACCAACCUUUGUGGUCGCCUGCGGAUUUCGGGUGAACAUUUUUGAAGUGAAUUUGGACGAUUUUAUAAUAUUGGAGCUCAUUGUUGUAGUCAGUUUUAUAGGAAAGCUUUUGGGAACAAUGCUGCCGGCUCUGUACUGCAGAAUGCCUUAUCAAGAUGCCUUCUUGCUAGGGCUAAUCAUGAACGUCCAAGGAAUAUUAGAUCUCAUGUUCUGGGCCUGUGCGUUAGGUCUUGGGCUUAUUACUGAUACUCUUUACACUAUUCUGGUUUUGUCAAUGCUAAUUGUAACCGGAACAAUUUCGCCCACGGUAAAAUUUCUGUACAACCCUUCAAGGAGAUACAUUACCUACAAAAGAAGAAGUAUUCAGAAUUGUAAACGGAAUGUAGAAUUUCGAAUUCUUGCAUGUAUCUACCACGACGAAAAUGUCCCAACCAUCCUCGAUGUCCUUGGAGCUUCUCAUCCAACAGCAUAUAGUCCUAUCUGCAUUUAUGUGCUUCAUUUAAUACAGCUUCAAGGCCGAGCUUCGCCUCUACUCGUUGCUCACAAGAGUCGCAAAAUUAGUUCACAAUUCAACUCAUCUUCACACAUCAUCAAUGCCUUCAAAUCGUAUGAAAAACAAGGCAGGGGAACAAUUUCGGUAAAUUCCUUCACAGCAAUCUCGCCGUACACUACGAUGCAUGACGACAUUUGCUCAAUUGCGUCAGAAAGAAGAGCGUCCCUGAUAAUCUUACCCUUCCAUCACAAUCCAGCUUUCAGUAGUUCGUUACAUUUGCCAACGUCGAUUCGAAAAGUGAACCAAAACGUUCUUAAGAGGGCACCUUGCUCCGUUGGUCUCCUAGUGGAUCGAGGACAUCCGCAAAGAACACAAGUAUCUUGUAAUAUUACGGAUAAAACAAAACCUGCAUAUCGUGUUGCAGUAAUCUUCUUGGGUGGUGCAGAUGACAGAGAAGCACUAUCUUAUGGCGCUCGCAUGGGAGAGGACAAUAACGUGAAACUAACUCUAUUCAGGUUCUCUUAUAAUAACCAGGAUGAGAAAUCCAAUAAUCCGACGUACCAUGAUCCUAACUACUCAUUGGAUAAUGAUUGCAUCGAAAAUUUUCGAAGAUAUAAUGAAGGUCUUGAAAACGUAGUGUAUAGAGAACAAGAAGUGAAAGACAGUGUGGAGAUUGUCACAGUGAUCACAUCCAUCGAAUACACAUUCGACCUUUUAAUAGUAGGUAAAGACCAUGACGGAAGCUCGUCGGAACUACUUCGAGCUCUUGAGGAGUGGAAUGAGUUUCCAGAGUUAGGAGUUAUAGGGGACAUGCUUUCUUCACCUGACUCACGUUGUAAUGGAUCAAUAUUGGUGGUUCAGCAGCAACCCACCAGUGAUUUAAUCCUUGAUAGUCCUACUAAAUAUCAUUUUGGUGAAUUAGCGUAGAAGUUGUGUAUAGCUAUUUAAUUAAUUAACUAAUAUUGCUAAUUGCUUUUGGUAAAAUCUUAUGUUUCUUUUAGUUUACUAUAUAAAGUUGGUAGAUCAAAAAUAGGUAAGUUGUAAUGAGCAACUCUUCCUUCUAAUUGAUCAUUUUGAUUUUGAUCAUAAUGAACAA